AUGCUCGAUGAGCUAACAAAGCGGGUGGAAUCAGGGGAAAAGAAGAUCGAAGCAAACGACAAGAAGGUCGAAACCUAUAACUCUAGGGUAGAUCAAAUCCCAGGAGCACCCCCGGUAUUGGAGGGAUUAGAUGCCAAGAAGUUCGUGCAAAAACCUUUUUCUCCAAGUGCGGCCCCAAAACCUAUCCCCAAAAAGUUUCAUAUGCCCGAAAUACCUAAAUAUAACGGGACGACCGAUCCAAACGAGCAUGUAACCUCUUAUACAUGUGUCAUCAAAGGAAACGACUUGGAAGGCGAUGAGAUCGAAUUCUUUGGGAAAGCACGUGCAAAAUACACUGCCACUACUUGCGCCGAUGUACACAAUCGGUAUCAAUCAAAAAUCAGAGUCGAAGAUGGUCAAUUUGGAGCCUCUUCUGAGUCUAUUUAUCCCACCAGGACCCUCGAAAGAAUCAAGAGAGACAUCGAUCGCGAGCCACGAUCAAACGGGGAUCGAUAUCGGCCAUAUAAUGAAGAUUGGAGGAGAAGAAGAUCCGGUCGAAACCAUGUAAGAAACGAAAGGAGAAAUGAUCGAGGUAUAAACAGUCGAGGGAUUAUAACAAAAAAUGGCUUCGACAGGUCCAUCGGGCCUAAAGGAGCUCCGAGGAUAUUGGAGCACAACUUUAGCAUCGAUGCAGCCGCCAUCGUCGUAUCAGCCAUUGGGCAAAUCAAGGAUGCUAAAUGGCCUCGACCUCUACAAUCUGAUCUAGCUCAAAGGGAUCUCCACCAAGUGUGCAAAUAUCAUGGAACUCACGGUCAUAGAAUGGAGGAUUGUCGACAAUUGAGAGAAGAAGUUGCCCGAGUAUUCAAUAAUGGGCAUCUUCAAGAAUUCUUGAGCGACUGA